AUGUUCCCAUUAGUUGCCUUGAAUCAUGAACAAAUCAAACAAUGUGCUCAAGCUGGUAGUCUUUUAACCAACAAAGCCAAUUUUAACUCGGUAGCAGACCGCUUGGUGAAUUUGGAUCAGCCAACUUUACUGUCUCUAAUUGAAAAGAUGAAAGAGGGCAAACUUGUGAAAAUACAGACUCAAGAAGAGAAGAACUGUUUUAGAGUGAUUUCUGAUAUUGAUUAUGUAGCACAACAUGUGUCAAACUCUAGAACUAACCAGAAGUACAUGAGAAAUGAGGCAUGGGCACUUGUUCAUUAUCUUGGAGCCCCUCACUGGUUUGUAACAUUCUCUCCUACAGAUAAUAAACAUCCGUUAUGCCUAUAUUAUGCAGAUACAGAUGAGAAAAUAUACCCAAACAUUUGGGAUAACACAGCUAGAAUGAAACUUAUUGCAAGAAACCCAGUGGCAUCAGCCCGUUUCUUUAAAGUUAUAGUAGACUUGUUCAUUAAAUAUGUGUUAGGCAUAGAUAAUCCCGAUAAACUUGGAUUGUAUGGUGAAACAGAAGGAUAUUAUGCCACUGUUGAGCAA